UUUCUUUAUGUUGUCCCAAUACAAAUCAAUUGUGUGAAACUUACCCUUUUUUUACAGUAUAAGAUAACAUAAGAUAAACAACUACAGAGGAAAAACGUAUGCAUAAAUCUCUGGACACAUUCGCAGUGAUGACUUCAGCUUGUAAAAUGGAAUAAGUUAACUUAAUUUCUUCAUGUUGUUUCUUCAUUUCGUCAAAUCGUUUGUGUGGAGCCCUGAAUUUUUAGAGUGAAAGAUACGAUUAGAUAAACAACUACAGAGGAAAGUCUGUUGAAUCAGCGAUGACUCCAAAACUCUGGACGCAUUCGCAGCGGCGGUGACGCCCACCUCCAUGUGACCGAGAAACAGGCGCUCAGUGCGGCGCAGUAAGUUUGAGCUUCACUCCUGCAGCCGGAGAGGAUGAGGAUAAAGAUGAUGCUAAGAUGAGCGAGUAAAACGCAAGCAGAGCGGACUCGCAUCUUUUACUACACAGUGAGCACCUGCUGGCGGCGGUUCUGAGUGCUUGAGCUCUGGGUGUGACGGCUGUCUUUUGUCCACCACCUGCUUCCCAUCAGAUAAAUUACCCGGAAUAUCUCCUCCACUCAACCGGAUCGCGCUGGAAUUACAUUGGACUCAAAAGUUAGGCGUGUGUUAUUCGGCACUCUUGGGGUUUUUUUGGUAACUCAUGUGUGUUUGCGUGAUUGUUGGUGCUCGUCUGCUGUGAUUGAGCGCCAGAUGCACGCGCUGUUUGACCGCAACUGGAAAGGGCUGGGAAUCGAUCUGUCUCCGCUCUCGUCGCCCCGCGCCGCCGCGAGGAUGUUCAGCUGCGUCGGGUGUUUUUGGGUUCUCCUGUCCUCCGCCUUGGUCGCGAUUUGCAGCUUCAGCUUCAUCUCUCCCGCGUGGAUAGUGAAGGAGCAUCCGAAAAACCAUAAGGAUUCCGUGAGUUUCGGGCUCCUGUGGCACUGCUCCGAGUCUCUGGAUCACAUGUACAGAUGUUACACCUUUGGCGGGCUGGGCAAAUUUCAGGAGAUUCCGUCAAGCUCUUGGCAGACGAGUGCGGUGCUGUGUUCAGGUGGAUGUGCUCUGCUGGCGGUCAGUUCCCUGCUGGCCAUCAUCACUAUCUUCCUGCCCAGUGGAGCCUGUGAGCGGAGGAUCUGCACACUGGCUGGAUACAUGCAGAUGGCUGCAGUGGUCAUUAUGGCAUCUGGUUUACUGGUUUACCCGUUCGGUCUUAACUCAAGCCUGGUGAAGUCUUUCUGUGGAGACUCCGACAUCUACAACGCCGGGGACUGUCAGAUAGGAUGGGGCUACAUGCUGGCUGUUGUGGGCGUCAUGCUCACCCUAUUCCUGCCCUUUUUCGCCAAGUAUGCCCCCAAGGAGCAACUGUCACCCACUCCAUUGCCCACACUUUUAUAGAGCACUAAUCCCCCUUAAGUAUUCAGUCAGUGCCGCCAUCAUAACUAAAAUGUGAUCGGAUUAAGGCAAAGUCUUAGCAUCAUUCGCCAUAGCUGGUAAUGAUGUCAUUAUGAUGAUGAGCAGAACUCGAGACCCCUCACCUCUUCUAUUCUGACUCUUUUUUCUUUUUUUUUUCCUCUUCACAGUCAAUGUGCCAGGUGAAAAGCUCAUUUGAAAAGGAUUAAGAGGAUUUUGGUCUUUCUUUCCCUUGUUUUUAAGUUAUUUUCGAGCUUUAUCUGUUUAAAUUGUUUGUCCUGACUAAACAGCUCUAAGGACUAUGGAAAAUAACGUCAAAUGGGGCAAAUUAAGAUUUCUGACAUUUCAUUAGCAAGAAUUAAAACCAAAAAGAGCAAAUUAAAUGAAGUUGAGGAAUAAUUUCCCAAAACUUUUUUAAUGGAGACUUGACGGCAUGCAGUGAAUUAAAAAAAGAACAAAAAACAAAUGUAGUCCCUUUUUAAAUGGACGUUUUUGUGGAUCUCAACUCAAAUGGACCCAAGUUUCAUCAUGAGAAGCUGAACUUAAACUCCAUGAAUCUGACAACUGGAAAACAAUUUCCACUUUAUACAGUUUCUAGCACCUGAUAUAGUACUUAUUCAAGGACCAACACUGUGGCUUAAGUAAACUGACUUUUUUUAUCCUAUUGACAGGCUUCUGUCUAUUUUUUUGUUUCUUACAACCCUGCGAGAGGCAUUGAGGAACUGUAUUUAAAACAUGGACAAGGCCGUGGCUUCAAACUGCCAUGGAUGGACGGCAAGCAUUGACCUUUCUUCAAAAAAAUAAAAUAAUGUGAAACUAUCCUACACAUAAAACUUUGUUUUCCCGAACUGAGUGAAAAAGAAAUGCUCCAAAGCCUCUUUUCUCUGUCUUUACAGUAACACCUACUAGUACUGAAUUAUUCAGGAUUGUUAUUCAGGCUAUUCUGACUUAAAGUUGGGCUUGGUUACACACACACACACACACACACACACACCAACUAUCCCAGCAGACACACAAUGCCAUGACGUUAAUAUUAGGUUAAAUUUGGGUUGUGAUUUCA